AUGGCUGUGGCAUUUUUAGCUGAUAAAGCUGAACGACUAAAUGACGGAAACUUGGUAACUGAACUGACUAUAUCUCCUAGUUUAGGGUUUUCUGAUAUUGCUUUUAAAGCUGACUACAAGCAUAUGAUGUGGGUUGACUGCUCUGAUUACCUCUUAGUAACGAUCAUGAGAUCACCUACUCAUGGUCUUGGUUUAGGCAUUUCUGGUGUACGAUCUUCUAGGAACUCAAAAACAAAAUUCAUAGUUUCAGACGUUAUAACAAACGGCCCAGCCUAUGAAAAGGUCAGCAAAAACGAUGAACUGGUUAGUGUUAAUGGAAUAAAUUUGGAUUGCCUGAGAUAUUCUGAAGCCAUCCAGAUUCUGCGUGAAUGCGGUGAUGAAGCUGAGUUGAAGCUGUUAAGUCGCAAUGGACAGGCCAACUACCACAAUUUGCCACUUGCUUUAGAAAAAGACUGCAUUAUGCAACGAACAAAAUUUCCAUCUUUGAGAGAACCUUACAGUAACUGUGAAUGUUUGCAAAACUAUCAAAAUCACUGUAUGCAUCCGAUGAAAUAUUGCAGCGAUACCGCUUUAUGGAAUCCCAAUUCUACGUCCAACGAAAACUGUCCAAGACUGAUAGAAAUACAUCUCAAAAGAAGGAACGCGGCUGAAAGUUUGGGUGUAGAACUUUUGAGUCGUUUAACGGUGGCUUCUGUUGAUGAAAAUAGUUUGGGGGAACAGGCUGGUCUCAAAUCCGGUGAUCGUAUUAUAAGACUAAAUGGAAUAAACACUGCUCAUUUAAGUCUCAUUGAUACCGCGAACAUGUUACGUCGUCAAGAAACCGUGCUUUUGGUGGCCAGGGAUACUUUAACGAAACAAAAUCAUGUUUAUGAUAAUUUUGGUACGACACCUUUAGUAAAUUCAUCAAGUGUUCCAGCCAAUCUUUCUAGUUUGUUAACUCACCAGCUUGGAAAUGAGAAAAGACAGUAUCAAGUAUCACAACCGAUACAUUCUAAUAAAUCUUCGAACGAACAAAUAAGGACAAUGCAUUUUGAACAAGCAUAUCAGAGUGGAUAUCACACUUAUGAAAAUUGUGAAGGCUGUCAAAGUAUGUGUGAAGUUCACAAUAGUAACUUUGAGAAUCCAUUUGUCAAAAAUUCUAACAAUUGGAUACAAUCUCAAAUGAAUACUUCCAAUAUUUGUAAAAACCCAAUUCAACACAACUGUAUACAACAUAAUGUAUCCAGCAUAAAAAAUAAUGAACUUUUAGAAUCAAAUCCAAAUAUAAAACCACAUAAAAUGUCAAAUAUCCAUUCACGAGAAUUAAGUGGUCAGCAUUGUUCAAAUUUAUUGAAAGAAGACAAAGAACAACUGUUGAAUAUGUUUAACUCACCUAAAAAUAUAAAAGUAACACUUCAACUAAACCAGGGUAAAUGUGAUAUUGGCUUGAUAUUGUAUGGAGGUAAUACAAAAGGAGUGUAUGUAAGCAAAGUGAUUCCUGAUUCUAUAGCUGACCAAGCAGGAAUUAGUGAGGGUGACAAACUAGUAAAAUUAAAUGGUACAGAUCUAAAAGGAUGGACUAAAGAGGAAGUAUUUCUUGCUCUUAUGGCUAGUGAGAACAAAAUGAUACUUGAACUACUCCGUGAUCCGUCGUCAUAUCAUAAGAUGCUUAAAAGCGAAAUUCCUCAUGAAAGCUUCUAUGUAAGAGCUUAUUUUAAUAUGAAUCAAUAUAUUUCUGGUUCUUCUGCACUAAUGUCAUCUGUUAAAUAUUCUGGUCUUUUUAUAGUAAAAGGGGAUAUAUUUCAUGUUCAUGAUACCCUAUUGGAUAAUGCACUUGGAACGUGGCUGGCAACAAAAGUUUAUCCGAAUACCAGUAGUAUUGGUCUUAUACCAAACGAACAAAGAGCGCAACGUUUUAUUUCAACUAAUCAGUUUCAGGCAUGGUUAGUCACAGAUUUGGCAAAUGCAUCACAUCGUUACUGUGUUGACAAUUUUUUUAUAUUAUUAGGAGAAUCCUCAGGAAUCAUUUUCCCCCCACCAUAUGAAAGAGUUAUACAACUGGAUAAAUUUCCUUUCCCUCGGCCAGUUGUAAUUUUUGGUCCAUUAUGUGAAUUGGCACGGCAACGCCUCACACAAAUGUCAUCCAUAAUACCAACUCAACUGGAUUAUUCCAUUGAAGAACCGAUUAAAUUCAUUAUUCCACCGAUUAGUUCAUCUUUUACAUCUAACAAUAUCACUAACAGUAAUAACGGCUAUUCAAUAAAUGAAGAAAAUAGUAACAAUAAUAAACCAUUAGGUUUGAUAAGAUUGAGUGCAAUAAAUGAGUGCAUGAAAAGAGGUUACCAUUGCCUUCUGGAUAUUGGCCCAACAGCUAUUGAACGGCUUGCCCUUCUCGGAAUCCCUCCAAUAGUGAUAUUAAUUAAUCCAUCAUCUGAGUAUCAACUAAAAGUUUUAUUAAAACACUAUUGGCAAUUUAACAAAACAUCAAGUGCUUUAUUCAUUCCAUCAAGAGUAUCCAGUCGUACACGUCCUACAAUCAAAGAGAUGGUUACAACUCUAUGGAAUUCUGUAAUUUAUUUACGUCAGUAUAAAUCACAUGUUAUCACCGAUACUGUGCCACUGUUAAACAUUACUUCAAAGGAAAAUUCUUUUUCAGAAAUUGAGUGGUUACGAAAUUUAUCUGAAGUUAUAAGACAUCAGCAAAACUCACCGGUAUGGAUUGGUGAGGAAUCAGAAAUCGGUCAAUUAAAAAUCAAUGAGUUAAUUGAUGAAGAACAAGAAGGAGGCGAUGACGUCGUUACAAUGAGUGAUCCAGAAACACCGAGACCAACAAAUUAUAAUGACAAUAUUUGCAUACCCGAAGACAAGAAAUACACCCCUCCAUUUCGUCAUGUGCCGGUGUGUCAUGCAAAUGAAAUGAUGGAAAAUACCAAUAAAGAUACAUCAUUUAAAUCAAAAACUAAAGAUUACUAUAGUUGUACAUGUAAUUUUGAUAAUGCGAAUCCGACGAAUCAAGAAGAAACUAAACUCAAAGAAAUAACUGAACAGACAGAUAUUUUAUCCAUGAACAUUUCGCCAUUUUCAUUAGAAACACUAAGGCUACAUAUUGAAUCAAUGUCAGUAAAACAUCCACGAUUUGAUCAAUCCUUUGAUGAAAAUAAACCUGGUUUUAGUAAUAUCCACCCAAUCAAUGAAUUAGAACCAAAUGACGGUCAAACUCCGACAAUCAGCCCAACUCUUUCUUUACACCAACUAGUUUUUGAUGAUAUUACAUCUUCAGAUCUCCAUACAAAUGAUGAGCAAAAGCCUUCAUCAGCAGAUUUAAUUAGUAAUGUAGCUGAUCCUCAUCUGUGUGGGGAGUUCGGCUCACAGGGUGGAAUUUUGGAAAUACCUGAACACAAUGUCUGUUUGAGGAUUCCCGAAGGAGCUAUUUCUGAGGAGGAAGGUCUGCAAAAAAUAUUUAUUAGGGUUUAUGAAAGCGAAAAUGAAUUGCUCAUAGAUAACUUACCAUGUGAAACACAUCAAUCAUCUGACAAACCUAUAUUAGUCAGUCCAAUGGUUAUGUGUGGUCCCAGAGGUUUAACAUUUCAUAAACCUGUUGAACUUACUGUCCCAAGAUAUCCUCUAGACUCGGAAUCUAGUGAUGAAUCCGAAACAAAACUUGAUAAACAUUUAGAAAAAUGGAAUUUAUCUUAUUACAUGCUUCAGCUAUUUCUACUUCAACAUCAACUGAUGAUGAUUCUUUACCAAGAACUCACGUUCAAAUGA